CAUAAAUGAACCUUCAAGACUACUGUUUGAUGCAGCAAAAGUUGGAAACUUUGACUUUUUAGCUGCGCUUAUGAAGUCUUACCCUGAUCUAAUGUGGCAAUUGGACGACAAAAGACAAACUAUAAUUCAUAUUGCUGUUUUACAUCGUCAUCCUAAAAUCUUUAAUCUCAUCCAUGAUAUGAGUGGAAGUAAGGAUAUCAUAUUGUCAUAUAAAGAAAAAAAUAGUGGAAACACUAUAUUACAUUUGGCUGCAAUGUUAGCACCAGCUAACCGACUUGAAUUGGUAUCUGGAGCAGCUUUCCAAAUGAAGUUUGAACUAUUAUGGUUUGAGGAGGUGAGGAAGAUAGUGUUGCCAUCAUAUAUGAAGAGGAAAAACUUCAAGGGUGAAACUCCUCGUGAGUUAUUCACUAAGGAGCACACUGCAUUACGGAAAGAUGCUGAGUCAUGGAUGAAGGGAACAGCUAAGUCAUGCAUGGUUGUUUCAACUCUUAUUGCUACGGGUGUGUUUACUGCAGCAUUUAGCAUACCAGGUGGCGUUAACGAUGAUACAGGAGUUCCAAAUUAUUUGGAGAAACGAUCAUUCAUGAUAUUUGCUAUAUCAGAUGCUAUUGCAAUGAUCUCAUCUUCGGCUUCCAUACUAAUCUUCUUAUCAAUCCUCAUAUCACGUUAUGCAGAGUAUGACUUUCAUCAUUCCCUCCCCUCAAAGCUAAUAUUUGGAUUGAUAACACUCUUCGUCUCCAUAACAAGCAUGAUGAUAGCAUUUAGUAGUGCUUUCUUCAUAACAUAUGACCAUGGCUUAAAGUGGGUUCCUAUCUUCAUCUCAGCUCUUUCAUUUUUACCAGUAGCCAUAUUUUUAUUUUCGCAAUUUGAACUUUUUUUUUGACAUCAUUUACUCAACAUUUUAUUUAAGACAUCUGUUCAAGCCAAGCAUGCAUAUGCUUUACUAGAAAAU